GUUUUCCGUUCCUGCACCUACCCAAUGGGGACGCACGGGCAUGGCACGUCAUUACAAUCAAUCUCAGCCCGAUGUUUAGGACUGGGGCAACAACAAAAUAUUAAACACCAAGGACGGGGAUGAAUUGAGCCCCUCUUGUGUGCCACCCGGCGAGGAGGGCUGAGCAUUAUGAGCGGGAAGAGCCUCCUGUUGAAGGUGAUCCUGCUCGGGGAUGGAGGAGUGGGCAAGUCCUCCUUGAUGAACCGCUACGUCACCGACCGCUUCGACUCGCAGUCGUUCCACACCAUUGGUGUUGAGUUCCUCAACAGGGACCUGGAAGUGGACGGACGCCUUGUCACCCUUCAAAUUUGGGACACGGCCGGCCAGGAGCGCUUCAAGUCCUUGCGCACGCCAUUCUACAGAGGAGCCGACUGCUGCCUGCUUACAUUCGCCGUGAAUGACCUGCAGAGCUUCCAGAACCUCGGCGGAUGGAAGAAGGAGUUCAUGUAUUACUCUGAUGUGAAAGAUCCUGAACGGUUCCCUUUUGUGGUGCUGGGCAACAAGGUGGACAUGGAGCAGAGGGAAGUAGGGCAGGAUGAAGCGCGGGCCUGGUGCGAGGAGAGCGGCUGCUCUCCUUACUUUGAGACCAGCGCUAAGGAUGACACGAACGUCACGGCCGCGUUCGAGGCGGCCGUCAGGGAGGUUCUGGCGGCUGAGGAACAUAUCGACCACUCGGUACUGAGCGGGACCAUAGAUCUCCAUGGCAACCGCAAAAUAUCUCGGUCCUGCUGCUGACGGGUCAGGUUUGAAACCUCACUGCCUGUGGGUAGAUUUGAAAGCUACUGAGUUGUUGUUUAUGGUUCACGCAGGGCAGGUACCAGUUGCUCUAAGAUUCUUUAGAUAAGAUACUGCGGAGGCUGUGGGUUUUUUUUUUUUUUUUGAUGCUGAUAAAAUGUAAUCCGAGGAGAGCAGUGUCAAGGGUUCAGCUGCUAUCAAAAGGUCCCCCAGCCAAGGUACACGCACGCUGACACGCUCACCCUGUCUGCUUCCAGUCAUGUUGCACACUUAACCUCAUACCCAAUUUCGCGUCUGUGAUACUUCCAAACUAAUUACAGUGGAACCUCCAAAGUCAAACCCUGUCCACUCCGUGAUGCUAGAUGAAUUCCAAGUUGCUUAAAUUUCAGGUCAAGUUGUAAGUGACCUUUAAAAAGGUUUUCCCAACGUACAAGUUUAGAGAGAAGUACGGAAGCGUAUUGCUGACACACCACAUUAAAGAGCAAGUUCAGUGCCACGUUGAAUGUGUGUUAAGUUUCACGCGAUAAGUGAUCACGUUCGACAAAGCAAUUACUUUCGGUUCAUGUCAACAACAGAGCGUGUCUUCUUUUUAAAUCUUAAAUCAUUUGAAACACUAGGCCUUUUUUGUUAGAGUAUUCGUAGUUACAUUCAGGGGUGGGCAAUACAUAUCGUCCUCAAUAUUAUCGUCACUUGCAUUCACAAUGUGCAAUUUUAUAUUACCAAGUGUGAAUACUGUCUCAAAAACCAAUGGCUCCAACGAUAGGCUGCAAAGCGGGGGGAAGUGAUGAUAUCCUCAUUCGGUGAAUCUGUGUGCAUUGACAGCAAAAGAAGAGGAAGUGAUACGUCUUCAUUUUGCAAAUUAACAGGCAAGAUUCAGUCACGGGAUUCUGCGAUAGCAACCGAGCGGAAUACAAAAUUGUUUUCGAAAAUGGAAGAAUGUUGCUCGCAACAACGUCUUAUAAUUAAUUGCAAGUCCAUGUAUGUUGGCGAGCCUGUCAAUGAGUUGGGGUUAAACGAGACUGACGUCUCAUUGAAAGAUAUGGCCAGAAACAGUCGCCCUGAAAAGCAAUUUGCCAACACUUCUAUUCAAUCGCGAACCAUGUGAGGGUUUAUGAAGAAGCAUAACAUACUGUGUGUGUGUGUAUGUAUGUAUAUGUAUAUAUAUAUAUAUAUUUCCCCUGGUGUGGCAGCAAUUUACUGUUUACAUUCAUCCAUUUGCUGUACGACUGCUUGUCCUCAUUGGGUUCACGCAUGACCUGGAGCCUAGCCCAACUGACUUCAAACCAGAGACGGGGUGUUUCCAGGACUGGUCGAUAGUCAAUCACAAUAUAGAGCUAACCAAAAAUAAAAAAAAUUAUGGAAUGAGAUACAAGGAGAAUAUGCGAACUUCACACAGCAUGAAUGCCAGAGCUAAGAUAUAAACCCAGAACCUCAGAAGUGCGAGUCCACAGUUCGUGGACAAGUUACCCACUGUUUCGAAAAACUAUAGUAGAAUUUACAUCACGCACAUAUAAUGGAGAGGAACAGAUAGGAAAAAAUACUUUUCUUUAGCCAUUAUGCUUUCAGCUACAUGGUAUUUACAGUAUGUUAGCAUCUUUUUGGCGGGGUGGGGAUUUUUAAAUUGUAUUUUUUACAAUGCAGUGAGCGGCAAGCUAGUUUUCGAUGCCACAGUUAAAAUCUUCUUCUCUGUGAGUAUCAUCACAUUUCUCUUGGCAAUCCCCGGUAACUUUUUGUUGUAGCAUUGCAAGUCCAACACGAAGUGACAGUAAUCCCUCUGGAUACUCAGAAACCGAUAUCACAGUAGAUUUGCUUAUAUCUCACGUUCAAUGUCAAUAUUUUUCCAGAAAAAAUUCUUUGCACUCCAAAUUAAACCACGUACUGAACUAUGGAGGUUCCACAGUAUUUUGUUCGAAAUAAAUUCAGGCCUUUCGGUAGACAAAUGAACAGACGUUUUCUCAGCUGCCGCUGUUCUAUGCUAGCAAGAGAUGGCUUGACUGUUUCGCAAAGAGCAUUUGGAACCCUAACCAGGCACGAACAACAUUGCGAAUAGGUACCGAGCAGUAUAUCGCCGCUGCUCUAUUAUGUAAUAAUGUCAUCAAUGGAAAGGGAAUUGUGAGCUUUGUUUCCCCCAAGCUGUUUUUUACAACCACCUGAAACCAAAGCUUCAGAUGUUUUGUCCUUUCCAGUGAUUCACAUAAUGUAUUUUGCGCCAGUGUUUCAGAAUUAGAUUUCCUUUUCUACUGUUUCCAAGCUGCUGUUUAUUAGAGGUGAGGCUCCCCCUCUAUUUCGUUGUGUGCGGCUUAUUUGUUUUUGCAGACACUGUGAAAUAUCGGAUCAGGGACAGAUGGGUUUGUUUCCCUGGUGUGGAGAGGAGGUUGAUUAUUGCACUGAACAAUUUUCCUAAUAAGGGCAUGCUUUUAAUUCUACCGUUUUAAUUAUGUGACAAGCUUCAACAAAGUAGUCCUUUUUGUUUAAGCUAUCCUAAGAUCUCUUUGGAUUCACUGAUUGUGUUUGACACAGAUGUAGACCUCAGUUGAAUGUGAGCACAAAGAUAAAGCCUUGUGCAACGCACACCGGUUCUUAACUCCAUUCACACAAGAAAGAGGGAACCAUUUAUUAAAAUAUUAUUAAUAGUGUUAACUGUAUAAUUUUUCCAUAGUUUCUGCUAAAUGGUACCGGUACUCGCAUUUCAUUUCAGUGUCUAGACCAGGGGUCCCCAAACAUUUUCCUGUGAGGGCCACAUAACUUUUCCCUUCUCUGAUGGGGGGGCCGGUGUCAGUUUGUAACAUCAACGAUCGUAGUGGAGCUUAAAAAAAUUAUUGUUUCCCAGAAAGCCACACAUAACCAAAUAACCCUUUCCAGGUUCUUUACAGAAUAAAGUCAGGAAACAAAUAAUAACUAAACAACUCUCUCUCUUUAUAGCCCCUUGAAAUCCACAAAAAAAGAGUUCUGCCAUCUACGAGAACGCCACCUAUCUUGUCUUGUUUAUGUCUGCUACCGUCUUGUUCACGUGUUCUACUAAUUGAUCUGAGACACAACUAAAACACUGAAACAUUCUAUGGUGUGUAAAUAACUUUGUGACCUUGAUUUCAACCCUAUUUGCGUCAUGGGUCAUUUUGCCCCGAAGACCACCGUUGUACUUUUUUUUGGUACAGCUUCCAUGGAAAUGUGAAUAAAAACAUUUCAAUUUUUUUGCAGUUGGCGACAAUCUAGGAAAAGUCAUAAAAUUUCAAGUUAAAAAAUUAUCAUUUAGGGUUUUUGGGGGGCGUUUUUAACACAGUGACGGGUCAUUUUGACCCGAGGACUUCAGGAGGGUUAGAGGGCCGGGUCAAAUGUGCCGUAGUUUGGGGACCUAGUUUGGGGACCAGUGGUCUAGACAGUCCAUGUGAAUAUACAUUUGGUACUUUUUGUUUGUUGUUGGUACUUUUUUGUCUUUUACAACUGCUGGCUUGGUCUUGUUCAUUUGGAUAUUUAAAAAUGUCAAUUUAAAAAAUGAUAAUGUUGAUUGUUCCUUAAAUUAUUUUACCUUUUAAUAACUUAAUUUAUUUUUGUGGUGUUACCAUGUUUUCAUGCUCUCUUAUGCUGCCAGCCUUGUGUGUUAACUGCUUAAAAUCUCUCAUGAACCAACAAUAUGUUCGAGAGAGUGCUUGUGCAAUGAAUUGCAGAAAUGCCAUCAAAGAGUUCUGAUUUUGCUUGCAGACACCACAGUGGAUUUAAAACUGAAAUAAAGUGACUGAAGUGUAGGCAUCCAUUUUCGACAUCUGAAAAAAAAGUUGCAGUCUUUGUCUCAGUAGUUGUUGACCUCACUCUUUAAAGGGAACUCAGCCCCACCCCCCAGCCCCCAUGAUAUGAUGAUUUUCCCAGAAUUCCGCAUUUUCAAAUUUUCAUGAAAAUUCCUCCGGAAAUUUGAGGAAAAAUUGCCUAAAAUUAAUCCGGAUAUUAGUUGACAACAUUGAACGAACACACGUUUGAGGUUGUUUUGCUUUCACGAGCGUAGCCAUGUUGAGGCACCAACACUCGUAACACUAAGAGAUUUUCGUCUUUCUAUAAACAUACUUGCUAAACCCCAGUGGAACGAAUAAAAGACACUGUGGACAAGACAAUUGUUGUAGUAAAAAAAAAAAAAAAAUUGGACUAAAAGGGAAACACACAGAUUGGCAGGAAAACAGGUCCGUCCGACUUUGAGCGUUGUGUCGUCUCGUCGAGCUUAGCUUUUGUCGUAGGUCAAAGUUUCUUUGAUGUCAAUUGCGUCGGCGCUGAUUGGUUGAAACCAAAAGACGGGCGCGUGCAUACAUGUUCGUGCUCAUGCACGCACAGCAGAGCGCAGCGGACUAUCAACUGCUGAGGAGCGCUUUGCUCGAGUGGCGUCGCUACAACAGUAAUAAUAAUAAUAAUAAUACAUUUCCUUUACGUAACAUCCUUGCCUCACAUUCUCAUGGCCUUGUUAUAUCUCGGAGAUUUCGAAAUUUAGUCGAGAACACACGUCUUCGUUUGAAGAAGAAGACUUGUGUUCUCGACUAGAAGAAGACUUGUGUUCUCGACUAAAUUUCGAAAUCUCCGAGAUAUGGCAAGGCCAUGAGAGUGGAGAUUUCGAAAUUUAGUCGAAAUCAAACGAAGACUUGUGUUCUCGACUAAAUUUCGAAAUCUCCGAGAUAUGGCAAGUCCAUGUCUCGGAAAAUGUUUCGAAAUUUAGUCGAGAACACAAGUGACAAAAGGAAGAUUAAUCAUUGAAUGUAGAGUAUUUUAACAGCAUUUUGUGUAAGCUACUUCACGCGUGAUCGGCCAGGUACGGCCCCAGCUCAAUGUUCAAACAGGUAGGCAAGCAAGCUGACAUACAUGCAAUAGAUGCGAGUGUUACGAACACGUUCAAGUGGUCAUGGCUUGAGGAAAAGGACUUGAACGCAGAUUUUUUUUUUUGUCCCGACUACAUUAAAAAGCCUGACAAAUCAGUUAAAAUAACACACACACACACAUAUAUAUUAGUGCUGUCAGUUUAGCGCGUUUUUAUUGGCAUUAAUUUAAAUGAAUUUUAACGGGAUUAAAAAUUUUCUCGCGAGAUUAACACGUCACAAGCGGUGUUACGUUGCACUAUAAAUACAACAGAAACAAAACAACAAGCGCGCUGCAGAAGUUCACGCCCAUGUCUGUUUUACCAGCCUCGGCAGCUCGAGACACCAAAAACGGAAACUUAAAGAGUUUAUGAAUGGAAAGUUUACUUUUAAAUAGUUGCCAGAUUGCUCCACUGACAAGACCAAAGUUACCCGUUCUUCUCUUAUCUCUCUAUAUACAUCAUACAGGUACACGAUGUAUGCCACUGACGCGAUUGUUACUUGUUUGGAAGGUUACAGUACUCUGAGCUUCUCUGUGUUCAUCUAACAGUGACAGCGCGCUGUAGUGAUAGCGACCUAGCGAAAAUAAAACGUCUCCAGUGUUGUCAUCGAACCAAGUGUAGUCAUCCGAAAUGAGGUCUACACAAAACCGUAGAGAGACUUCCGGGCAAGAAGGACCAACACAAUCAACAUAGUGCGACUGUGUUAGGGGGAGUGACCCCCUCCCCCACACACACACCUUUCAGAAAGGUUUGCCCCAGCAGCACGGGGGAAGUGCGUGCGCUUUUUUGUACGGCGGGCAGUUUUGAAUGCAGCGCACAUAACGAAUGCUGGUGUCCAGUGUCUCGUUAUUCUUCAGCAAACAUAUAGAAACAAACUUGGGAAAAACGAAGUAUGCAACCAUGGUUUAAAUCCACUGUAGACUGAGCACUGGUUUACCUUAGAUGUGCACUUUAUAAUGUUAUAUUGCUCUGUUUUAAAAAUAGAAAAUCGAAAUUGUUAUUUCAGUAAAUAUUUGCAUUUGGCACAUAGAAAUUGAUUCAUGAUUCCAUGUUGAUGAGAGCAUUAAAAUGGGGAGAAAUAGGACAAAAAAUGUAAAAGGAAAUUCAGAAAUGAUAAAAAAUGUGUGAGUAAUCACGAUUAAUGUUUUAGUUCAUUUGAGUUAAUUAUGACAGUUGCAUUUUUAAUUAGAUUAAAUAUUUUAAUCGUUUGACAGCUCUAAUAUAUAUAUAUAUAUAUAUAUAUAUAUAUAUAUAUAUAUAUAUAUAUAUAUCCAUGCAUGAUUUAUCCAUUUUGUGUUCAUAUUGCAUUUAAUUGAAAGAUGUUUGUUGUUUUUUUCUCUUUCUUCUUUCUACAUACAUUCUUGCUGCUGGAGGCUGUAAAUUUCCCCAGUGUGGGACGAAUCUUAUAUAUAUAUAUAUAUAUAUAUAUAUAUAUAUAUAUAUAUAUAAUUAGGGGUGUGGAAAAUAAUCGAUAUUAAUCGAUACAUCGAUGCGCACGUCCGCGAUCCGAGUGCAUCGGCUCAUUCACUGGGUACGAUGCGAUUGACGGGUGAAAUCGCGAUUCAUCACGAUGCAUUGAUGGGUAUUAGGGGCGUGGAACAUAAUCGGUAAAAUCCGAUUCUAGCAACCGUUUUAUUCAUGUUAAACGUCACCUGUUUGCCCUUUCCUAGGCGCAAUGAAUGCACCGCACCAUCAUUGUUUUGCGUUUUGUGUUGAAUACGGACGGUACACAACUAGCGAAACAUGGAAGUUAGCGCAAGCAGCAGCGAGGAAUCUAUUAUAUUUAAUGCACCCGCAACAUUCAAAUCCUAUGUUUGGAAAUACUUCGGCUUCGAAAGGAAAGACGGAAAGCUUGAUAAAACCUCCGUAAUUUGCAAGGAAUGUCGCACUAAGAAGCCAUACAACGGCAGCACCACAAAUAUGCAGACCCACUUAAACCGAUGGCACCAGAUCACCGACAAGUUUCCCUCCCGCUCCCCCGCUUCCACGCCCAGUUCCUCGUCGGACACCGGAGAAACUCUUGGUAAACCAGGUCAGGAUCAGAAAAAAAUUGCCUCUUAUUUUGGGGGUCCCCUUGCAACUCACUGUGACCGCAAUGGCUAUAACUAAGGCCACUGCUUAUUUCAUAUGCGAAGACCUCCAGCCUUAGCGUGGUGGACAACGAGGGUUUCAGACAGCUCGUGUACGUUUUGGAACCCAGGUAUAAAAUACCAGACAGGUCUGUGUUCACUUACAAACAUAUUCCCGAUGUGUACAACAAAGUGAGAAGUGAGAUUACUGUGUCGCUGAACAGUGCGCAAAGAGUUGCACUUACAGUGGAUGGGUGGACAUCUUGCGCUAUAGAUUCAUAUAUAUAUAUAUAUGAAUAUUUCAUAUAAGACACUCAGUGAGAGUCUGUUUGUGUUUACACUAUAGCAACAGCUGUGAGUCUCAGGUGCCAAAUUGUUUACAUUUUCUUUGCACAAAACCCAAUUGUGAAAGGGCUUAAAUAAGUUGUUUUACAAGUUCUACUCUUUAUAAGGAAUAAAGUGGUAUCCUUUUUGUAAUACCAUACUGAAUUCCAUCUUUUUAAAAGCUUUUUUUCUUUGCUUAUUUGCAUCAUGUUUAAUUGCACAAUAUCGCAACAAAUUGCAUUGUAUUGUAUCGGAUCGCAUUGAUUUGAACUUAAUGUGUAUCGAAUCGUAUCGCAUCGUGACGACGGUGAAACGUAUCGCAUCGUAUCGCCAGAAAAUUCCAUGUAUCGUUUAAGUAUCGCAUCGCUGGCAGUGGAUCGUGAUGUGUAUCGAAUCGUCUUCAGUGCUGAGAUUCACAUCCCUAAUAUAUAUAUGAUUAGUAUUUUCGGGAAAGUCCACUUUCAUCUCUGAUAAACACAGUAUUCAGUUUCAUUAUGUGUUUAUGAAAUAUGAAUUCAUCAGGGGGGGAAAAAAAAACCUUUUUUAUCCAUCUCAGGGGGCAGCCAUUUUGCUUUGUGCUGCAAACUUGCUGUCGACUGAAAAUGACAUCAGAAUGCCUAAACUAAGGACUCGGCCAAUGACGAUCGAUCAGGGCCCUGAGGAGCUGUGAUGUCAUUUUCACGCGAGAGCAAGUGGGCAAAAUGCCCCCCCCCCCCCAAACAGAUGAAUUUUCUGCUUAAUUCAUAUUCCACAGAUGCAAUAUUAAUCAGAAUGCAGUUUUUAGAUUAGUGGGAAUUUGUAGAACAUAAAGAUUUUUUUUGGCUCGACUUCUCCCCUCUGUGUGUGUGUGCACGCGCGUGUGCGUACAUCAGCAUCACUGAAAUCAAACCCAAGCUAUUGAUGUGCUGCCUUGUUUACUUUUUCAUUUUCAAGCAGGCUUUUAGUAACUUUUUGAUGCUGUAAGAUCAAAUGUACGACAGUUAGUGGGAAUACCUAUCGUGUGUUUCAUCAAGUUGUUUUAACAAUUCUUAAUGUUCUUUGACUUAAACAGAAUGCUUUUGCCCUUCUUGUCAUUUCAACGAUCAAUGUUUGUCCUGCGCAAAGGAUGUAGCCUAACAACGUCUACUUGAAAUCUGUAAGAUUCCGUGUCAGUGUUCACGUGUUGCUGUAAUAUUCAUGAAUGUAAAACCUAAUUUGAGCUGUCCUCGUUAAUGGCUGGAACAAAUGCACAAGGGACCCAUAUUUCAUCAUAAUUGCCCAAAUGACACUGAACGUCCAUUUUGUUCAGCUCAGCCAGUGAUUUUGGUGCAGACCAGUGAAAGUUGGAAUGUCCCAACUUUUUUUUGGACCAUCUAGUUUAUCCCCUCGCUGAACCUUUUGCACUACGUUUGCUAAGAUAGGUUAUCUUUGCUUGCAUACAAAAUAAAACAAACCAAAUGUAUCACAGCUGUUUUGUGUCCUUUGUGUGUGCGUGACGAUGCAUGCAUCCGUUUUGCGUUUCGCUUUAUCAUUUGAAUGUUUCCCUGGCAAGCUUUGCACCUACAGCAGCAACCAGCACUGUCAGAAUGAUGCAUUAUGACUCCAAUGAAAGAAAAAUAGACUGUAAGCUUCUUAUGCCUUCUUUUACAAAUACGUUAGUGAUGGACUUUUGACUAAAUAAUUAUAAAUAUUUUUAUAGGAGUCUAACUGAGGAGUAUUUUAAUAACACUGGUCAACAGCAAAUUUGAAUCAAUUGGCUUUGUGUCCCUAAAUUUAUUUGACACUGAUUUAAAAACAUGUCCUUUUUUUAAAAAUAUAUUUUUUGAAAAGUUUGCUCAGUAUGGAUUUUACCAUACAUUGUCAUUUGUAGUUGUGAUGUUCCAGAAAAAAAUGCCACCUCUUGCUGACGCGAACACUUAAUAAAUCAUAAUAUUAAGACCUCAUGUAUUAGGGGGAAAAACAAGAUUUGCAAGCAGAGCAAGAAAAUCACAGAAAAAGCCCUCCUCCCCUUUAAGAAACAUUUGUUGUGUAAUUGAUGAAUCUGUAAUUUUGCUGAUAAAUCAUUGAAUUGAAUUUUUAAAGUUUAAUUUUCGGCCUUAUAUUCAAACCAAAAGGGGACAUUAUUUCAAAUAGAGCAGAACAUACACAAGUUACUGGUUUGGUCAGUAAAAAGCCAAAAAUGUGGAUCUUUUUUUUCUAGGAAAAGCACAUUUGCAAAUGUUUUACCUCGAUUCGACACAAAUACAGUAGAAUCAUUCUGCUUUCAUGGAGCGCAACAGAAAUCUGAGAUUAUUUACCAUUGAGAGGCUGACAAUCAGAUUUGGGCAAUUUUAAAUUAAAGGUGUUUGUAUCACUCAUCGAUUAUCGAUUAAUGAUUGAUUGGUUGAUUAAUGGUUACACAUUUUUAAAAAUACAUUUUCAGGGAAUGUUUGUUUGACUCAAAUGACAGUAACGAUUAAGUCAAAUCAACAUCCGUACCAAUCAAUCAUCUGAUCCUAGAUUAGAUUCUAAUCAUCCACUUUAGAUUCGAAGCCCCCCCCCCCACCUUCCCGUUCACCAUCAUUUUUACUGUUGCAAUGUGCAAUGAAAGUCAAUGUUGCUUGCUUUAGCUAAAUGUACAGUGAAAUCCACAUUUUCCCUCUUCCUGUUAAUAAGCAGGUGUCCCAAUUCUAUUGUCCUUGUAGUGCAUGAUUGCAGUUUUAUUUUUCCCUUCCCUAAAUCUCACACGUGGGAUUCACCACACAAAUUGGAAUUCUCCCCACGUUGUACUAUGAAAGAACCAAAUACGGGCACGUUCGAGGAAGCCAACAGAAAAGUGGCACGAGAUAGUAACAUAUAGCUGCUCAGUUCAAACACAACCAACAAGCGAUUAGGGCCAUUGAGCCCGGUACGCAAACACAAAAUAGCCAAUGUCCCAUGAAAACAUAAAAUAAUGAAGGGAAUCUUGGGUAACGAUUGUGACGAAUUACAAUAGAAAACCCUGUCAGGAACGGUGGGAUAAAUUUGCAGGGUAGGGGGAGCAAAGCGUGCCUCCUCGAUCCCGCAGCAGCUGGCUGUACAGGUCGUAGCCUCCCUUCUCGGCUCUGCGCCGCAGCCUUCCCAGGUUCUCCUGGUUCAUGGCCAACUGCACGGAGGAGUGCACCUGAGGACAAAAGAGGAGAGAAUACAAAACGCCCGACAAAAACACUGCAUCGGCAUCACGCAAUAUGUCAGGAAGCCACGGAUGGAGUGUUUAUGCAAGGGGAAUAAAUCUUUCAGGCGCUCUGCGCAAAAAAACUGCACUCUUCCUUUUAUUAUCAAAUAUCACCAGCAGAAAAAAUCAAACAAAAAAACAAACAGCCAGAUGCCAUUUGACAAAUGCUCUACCAGCAACCAGAUAAAGCGUUCUGCAAAAAUAAAACUAUGGUGCUAAUUUACCCCAAAAAA